CCAUAUGUGCCUUAAAGAAGAGGCUGUUAACACCAACCUCCAGUCUGCUUUAAGGUACUUUAAUAGUUGUUAGAGGCUAAACUAACCUACAUGUACACCAGGUACUCUAUAUUUAGGACAUCUUCUAACAGUCACUCUUUUGGAAGAAGAUCCUGAAGGAUAUAUAACAGGAUUUUUUAUUUUUUUUUAAUACAUAAACAUUUCAACUUCGAUACCUUUCCAAACCAGGGAGACGACAAGAUCCAGUUAAGAUGUUUUCUACAGAACCUUCCGUCAGCACGCUCACUUCACAGAGCUCCACAAAUGAAACUUUCCUGGACUCAGAAUUCCGCUACGCACUCUUCCCCGCUUUCUACGGCGUGGUGUUUGUAAUCGGACUGGCAGCCAACGCAUACGCCCUCUAUGUCCUACAUCACAUGCGAGGGUCCAGGUCCAUGAAUGAGAUACGCAUCUACAUGUCCAACCUGACGGUGGCGGACCUGCUUUUUGUCUGUGUGCUUCCUUUCUGGAUUUCCUAUUAUAUAAACCACGGAAAAUGGAUCUACUCGGACAUUCUGUGCCGAAUCAGUGGCUCACUGUUCUUCAUCAACACCUACUGCUCUAUUCUCUUCCUCACCGUCAUCAGCGUCAAUCGUUACUGGGCUGUGACUCGGCCACUGGUGGCCGCCUCCUCUGACUGCUGGAAACGUGGUACCAUUAUCUCUGUGAUUGUCUGGGUUAUUACACUGAUGAUGGCAGCCAAACAAUUAGCUGAGCCUGGCAUCCAAGUAGACGUGCACACAGGAGUCCAACGAUGCUUUGAAGGCUAUCAUAACAAUGAAGACUCUAAAGUCCCUGUUGUUAUUAUCCAUUUCGUCAUAAUUGGCCUGUUCUUUGCUGUCUUCCUCCUUGUGGUGAUGUGUAACGUGCGUAUCGCUUGUACACUCCUUGCACAGCCCGUUAGUCAGCCGCGACCCAGUACAGGACGACGGCCCCACGGUACCAAACGUCGUGCCUUGCGGAUGCUGUGCGCGGUUGUAGGUGUGUUUGUUGUUUGUUUUGUUCCUCAUCACAUAGUCCAGGGACCCUGGACCCUGGCUGUUCUGAGGAUGCACGACUGGAGUGAGGAAACAAGGCAGUAUCUGAACGACGCCCACCAAAUCACAUUGCUCCUCAUGGGGUUGAACUGCAUCCUGGAUCCGAUUGUGUACUGCUUCUCAACCAGGAAGUUCCGCAUGUACAUCCAGAAUCAUGUAAAGAACGUGAAGAAGGGGAAACCCUGCUCUUACAACACCAGCACCACGGGUUUGUCUGUGAAAAUCAGAAAACAGAGUGAAGAACUGAGUGUUUUUGAAGUGAAGAACUAGCAGAGAUUUGAAAGACCGCAAACAAGCUUCAACAACAAGUUGGUUUAGUGGUUUUGGAAACCAAACACAGACUACAGACAUUUGUCUAGUGUAGAAGAAAAUUUUUUUCCAGAAGAAGAAAUGAAUUCCCACUAGCAUCACAAGCAGGAGGUGGUCAAAAGGCAUUUGGGAAAAUGUAGGAAUUAAACAGAAAAACAUGUACAUGAAGGAAUUUUAAACUAAGUACAGUAUUUCAUUGCAAUGGCUUAUUUCAGCAGGACAACAUGAAACCACAUUAAUUGUAAUGGUGUAAUUUCAUAAUUAUAUUGUGCACUCUGAGACCUAAAAUCUGGGUUUGAACCAGAUCUUGUUUUGGACUUCCCCUAUUUCUUUGAAUUUCAAAAUGUUGUUUUCUUUGGUACGUUUUCGGGUUCCUCAAAAGGGAGGAAGUUUUUGGAUCUGCAGGACUUACUCAACCCUCAUACAUACUGUCUAUGGUUUCCAAACUUUAAAAUUCUUCAGCUAGUUUUUAAAUCACUUCACCCUAUAAUGAGGUAGAUUUCACCUCAGUAGUUGCCGAGGGAGGAGGGGAUUGAGGAUCAUUAUGGACUGAAGCUACACUUGAUAAAGCAGACAAAAAUGUUUCAUUAGAAGGGUCUUAAUCCAAACGGAAAUCUGUUAUUAUUCUUUAUUUAUUUAUGUUUUUUGUUUACAGUAUAUAUGCAUUUAUGUGUGCACAGGAUUUUUUGCCUUAUUUUCUCAAGUCUCAAUGCACUGAAGUGUUAAAUAAACAGUCUAAACCACAA